GCUCUGUCUCUUUGCCCUGCACUGUCGGGGUUGAACUUCCUGGGUCAGAAGCUGCUGCCGCCUCCAUCCAUUGCAAUCCCGGAACCCGGACUGAUCAGCUGCUCCCCAGCGGGGUGUGUGCGGGGAGAGCCCUUCCUUAGCGCCCCUGUGCCCAGCCGGGGGGACUUUCUCCGGGGGCUGGAACCAGCCCCUGGGGCAGCCCCGGGCUCUGCCGACACCAGCCCCUGAGCCGGAGCCUGCAGGUUGUCCCAUGCCCUCCAGAGACAGGGAAGGGAAAUGACUGCAGUGGAGCUGGUGACCUUUGAGGAAGUGGCUGUGUAUUUCUCUGAGGAAGAAUGGGCUCUGCUGGACCUGGGUCAGAGAGCCCUCUACCGGGAUGUCAUGCGGGAGAAUUAUGAGACUGUGACUUCGCUGGGAUUUCUGAUUUUCAAACCUGACAUCAUCUCCUGGCUGGAUCAAGGAGAGGAGCCAUGGCUCCCUGAUCUCCAUGGAUACAAGGAAAGAGAGAUCCUGAGAAACACCCACACAGGUUCCCAUCCCCCCCGGCACAGGGACUGACUCCUGUCUGGAUUCUCUCUCUGUCCCAGCAGAUGAUGGGAUGGUGAGUGAGAUUGAGGAGGAGAAUCCUGAGCAGGAAGGUCCUGAGCAAGUGGAACCACAGGGGACAGUAUCGGGAAGAGCUGAAGGGGAUAU